UGCUCUCAACUAUACUGUUGGCGAGACAUGGUACCCAGGGUAAGAUCUUGAUGUUACAGUCUUUCUAAACGACGACUGUCGCGACCCAACUAACAACAAUUCCAGCUACGACCCCUACGGCGAUGAAGCCAUGCAAGACGCUGCCUCGUGGAUGCCACAACGAAAAUGGAUAUCCAACAACCCCAUCUUCGAAACCACCAACUCAUCCUUGUCCUGCAACACACCCGGCACUCCCGCCCGCGCUUACAUACCCAUCCGUGCAGGCGAGAAUAUAACCGCCGUGUACGCGUACUGGGUGCACACCGUCGGUCCUAUGAUAGCAUGGAUGGCAUACUGCGACAACGCCGACAACGACUGCACGACCUUCUCCAGCGAAACGGCAGACUGGUUCAAGAUCGGGGAGAAGGGGUUAUUGGACGGAAGCAUUGAGACUGGAGAGUGGUUCCAGAAAGCGUUCAGCAUGUGGGACGGGAGCCCAAGUUUGUGGAGUGAGAGGGUGCCUGUAGGGUUGAAAGCGGGGAGGUAUUUGGUGAGGCAUGAGAUUAUCAGUCUGCAUUCGGCGAAUAGUAUGUAUAUGCUUCUUUCCCAGUCUAAGUUGUGUGCAAGGCGCUAACAUGUCGUACCUGCUUAGAACCGCAGUUUUACCCUGAAUGCGCGCAUUUGGAAGUCAGCAAUGAUGACAAAGGUGUGAUUCCUAGCAAGGAAUACAUGGCUAAGAUUCCAGGAGUGUGGAGUAUGGAUCGUACGUAUACGGACGACUGGAAGGAGAGCCUGCAGCUGAUCACUAGUAGAACCUGAGAUCAAUAUCGACAUCUAUAGUCCCGAGAUCUCGACG